CAAAAAACAGGAGGGACAGCAGCCCCCCAGGACCAGGGGUAGGAGACCCCUGCUAGCGCCUUGUGCCUCUGACAGACCUGCGGUCAGUUGUAAUUGCUGUAUAAUUGUUCAAUUCCAGUCGCCUCCCCUUUCCAGGCUGAGUCGCUCACAGCGCCAUGUUGUGUUUUACACUGAGAGAACGUUCUCGGAUUUUCAACCACUCUCAGUGACUCUCCCCCCGUUUUGUUUGAUAAACGUUCUCUAGUAUGUUUGUACCCGUGAUCCCUGCUGGGUAGAAUAGACACAGUCAACACGAUCGUUACUACCUGGAGUGAUUAUCAAUGCAGUUACUGCGGCGUCACAGUAACUCACUGUAAUGGAACACAACAGAACUGGAAUUGGAGUUUCACAAACGUUUCACGGCCGCCGAUCUCUCCGCAGUGCCACGGACGAUUUCAACCACGGCGUGGUCCUGAGCGCCCGCCCCCUGCGCAGCAACGAGGUCUUCCAGGUGCGCAUCGACAAGAUGGUGGACAAGUGGGCGGGGUCGAUCGAGAUCGGAGUCACCACCCACAACCCCGCCUACCUGCAGCUGCCCUCCACCAUGACCAACCUCCGCUCAGGUACUUGGAUGAUGACCGGGAACGGAGUCAUGCACAACGGAACCACGAUCCUGGACGAAUACGGACACAACCUGGACCGCUUGAAGGUAAGCCCAGCACAGGAACCAGGACCACCGGACACAGCUGGGGAUAGGCUCCGGACAGAGGGAAGGAGACGCUGCUUCACACAGAGAGUGGCGGGUGACACAGUGGGAGUGGUACGGAAGGACGAUGGCAGUCUGCACUUCUUUGUGAACGGAGUGGCUCAGGGUCCCGCCGCCUGGAAUGUGCCCCCCAGCGUGUAUGCCGUGGUGGAUCUGUAUGGGCAGGCAGCCCAGGCUACCAUCAUGGAUGACAUGGCGGAUCUGCCCCCCCUCCCUGACGAUGUCUCCGAGGGCAACAACCAGCUGUCUCCCAGCAGCCCUUGCUCAGUGGUGUCGGCCAAUGACCUUCGCUUCCAUCGUCUCCACGGCAGCAAUGCUGUCAUCACUAACGGGGGCCGGACCGCCCUGAGACAGAACUGCAGGAGUGAGUUCAACGACGCCAUCGUCAUCUCCAACAGGUCCCUGCGGGACGGAGAGCUCUUUGAAAUCGUGAUUCAGAAGACGGUGGAUCGCUGGUCCGGGUCUAUUGAGGCUGGAGUGACGGCGAUCAGGCCAGGUGAGCUGGAGUUUCCCAACACCAUGACUGACAUCGACUACGACACCUGGAUGCUCAGCGGCACGGCGAUCAUGCAGGACGGGAACACCAUGCGCAACAACUACGGCUGCGACCUGGACUCCCUGACCACGGGCUCCCGGAUCGGGAUGAUGCGCACGGCCACGGGAGACCUGCACUACUACAUCAACGGAGUGGACCAGGGCGUGGCCUGCUCGGGGCUGCCCGCCGAGAAAGAGGUGUUUGCGGUUAUUGAUCUGUACGGUCAGUGUGUCCAGGUGGCCAUCACAAGUUCCUCCGGCCCUCUGGACAACAGUCUGUCCACCUGCAACAUCACAGAGAAGAGCUUCCCCAUUCACUCUCCAGUCUCGGGGGUGGCUCACCGGCUCCACAGUAAGCACGGGAAGAAUGUGAUGCUGCAGAGCGAGGGCUGCCAGGCUGUGCGAGGGGGCGGAUACUCACACGGCAUCGUCUUCAGCAUCAAGGAGCUCAAAUCAGACGAGCUCUUCGAGGUGAAGAUCGAUGAGGUGGACGAGAGGUGGUCAGGCUCUCUCCACAUCGGACUGACCACCCUGCAGCCGGCGGACAUCCCCUGCACCAGCCUGUCCGCAUGCCUGCUUGACCUCCGCACAAAGGUCACCUGGCUGGUCACGGGCUCAGAGGUCCGGCGGAACGGAACCCUGCAGAAACAGAACUACGGCUGCUCCCUGGAUCGACUGAGGGUAGGGAAUCGUGUUGGUGUGAAGCGUUGCAGUGACGACUCCAUGCACAUCCUGAUCGACGGAGAGGACAUGGGCCCAGCUGCCACUGCAGUAGCCAAGAAUGUGUACGCAGUGGUUGACCUGUACGGUCGAGUGACAGCGGUAUCUGUCGUCAGCUCCACUGUUCUGGACGAGGCUGAGGGCACCAAGGUCCCUUCCCUGUCUUCAGAGGUAUGCAGUGAGGAGGAAGAGGAGCCCACUCCGUGUGAGAACGAGGCUCUCCUGGUUCCCACCGCAAUGCAGUUCCUGGAGAAUCAUGGGAAGAACAUCCUGUUGUCCAAUCAGAACCGGACUGCCACCCGUGUCUCCAGCUACAACCAGGGCCUGCUGGUCACGAACCAGCCACUCCCCCAACAGCAGCUCUUCCAGGUGCAGAUUGAUCGCUUGAACCCCACGUGGACCUCCUCCUUGUCUCUGGGAGUGAUUGGCAGCUGUCUGCAGAGGAGCAGCUUCCCCUCCACUGCCUGCUGCCUCAAGCGCUCGUCCUGGCUGCUGCAGAGAGGCUGCGUCUUCCACAACUCGCUCAAGAUCUGUGACAACUACGGCCCCAACUUGGACACGUGUCCCGAGGGGACGGUGCUGGGGCUGCUUGUGGACGCCAACAGCUGCCUGCACCUGUACGUGAACGGCAUGGACCAGGGGGUGGCCGCCCAAGACAUACCCAGCCCCUGCUUCCCUCUGCUGGAUCUGUACGGCCAGUGUGAGCAGGUUACCAUAGUUACCAACGAUGUUCCGGCAGUGGGCGGAGACGCCAGCAACCCCCGUUGCCAAGGCGACAUGGAGAAGGCAGACAUGGUAGAUGGUAUCAAAGAGAGCGUGUGCUGGACACCCCCUCUUGAGGUGAACCCCAUGAAGACGUGUGAAUACCAGGUGCUGUGCAGCCGCUUCAAAGAGCUGCUCACUCUGCCAGGUCAGUCAGCCCCACCCUCUCCCUGGCAGGUCAGUCAGCCCCGCCCCCUGCUCACUCUGCCAGACGGGUACUUCAGUGAAGACCCCAAGGCUAGCCUGUGCUACUGUGAGUCGUGCCACAAGCUGCGCGGAGACGAGGCUUACUACAAGAGAGGGGAGCCCCCCCGGGACUACGCUGCGCCCUUCGGCUGGUGCUGCUUCUCUCUGAGGGUUAACCCACGCUGUGACGUGGCCAACACCUUCAAGAAGUGGCACAUGGCGUACCACGGAACCAGCGUCGGGGCGCUGCGCAGGACCCUGGACCAGAGCGAGCUCGUCACAGGCAGUGUGUCGAUAUUCUCUGCAGCGCAGACCAAGUGUGACAUGCAGAGCGGCUACAGCGAGCCAGAGGAGAACAGCGCCCCCGAGAGAGAGGAGGUGAAAGUGCAGCUCUCCCCGACCAUGCGCUACUCCGGGCUGGACAGCUUCGCCCCCAAAGUGCAAUUCAGGGACCCCCGCUCUCUGCGCUCUCAUCAUGCCCAGGUAGCCCUGCAGGUGUAUGUGCGUCCCGGCUCCUACAAGAUCGGGGCGCAGAGCCUGGGGCUGAGCGAGGCCCUGGACACCCGAUUCAGCAACAGCGAGAUCGAGUGGAUCAGCAAGGAGAAGGGGAGCACCCUGCUGUACGGGCUGCUGAUCAGGAUAGAGUAGGGGAGGGAAGGAGGAGGGCGUAGGGGGGGAGCUUCAGAAACAUCGAGACUGUGUGAAGCUGUAAUCUGGAGAGAGGCACGGACUCUCAGCUUCAGCACUGAUAUACAGACACCUCAUGGAGCAGGGACACAGAGAGAGGGGGGAGCUGUGGACCUCAAACUUCCAGAACAUCAAGAUGGAUCUGGAGAGGGAGGCACGGACUCUCAGCUUCAGCACUGAUAUACAGACACCUCAUGGAGCAGGGAGACAGAGAGAGGGGGGAGCUGUGGACCUCAAACUUCCAGAACAUCAAGAUGGAUCUGGAGAGGGAGGCACGGACUCUCAGCAAGAUCAAGGACAACCGCCAAGGAGAAUCGAGUCAUCUAGACCGAGGGGGGGAGAGAGAGGCUUGGGCUCCAGUACUGUCCUGUAGAGCCAGCUCACGGAGCAGAGCUCUGGAACGGCAUCAGGUGUUUGAGUGCAAAGUUAAACGUUUUAUUGAACUUCAGUUACAGCAGGUAGCAAAGCAGGAUUCUGUCUGCAGAAGGAUUUGAAAAAUCGCCAGCGCUGUGUUUUCCCCUCCACCAAAAGCAACAGUGCCUUUUUGAUUUGAUUCCACGUUGUCCGUAUUCUAUCCCUCUCGCUCCUACAUCCCAGCUAUUUUGGGGAACUAAAAGUUGGAAAUGCACAAAUUAAUAGCAACGCUAUGAAUUAUUUUUAAAACUUUGGAGAAAAAUAAAUAAAUACAAAGACUGAAGAUGUGCAAACUUUGGGACAAAACCUUUUUUUUGGAGUUUGUUGGUGGAGAGUUUUCAUAUUGAGAUGAGAUGGACCUUUUUUCCCCCCAGACUGGUUUAGUGGCUUGAGAUUCUCUGGGUUAAAAGCGGUAGUCUUGUUUCUUGACAGCCCAACCCCACUAUGCGAUCGCUGAAUAUCUUGCAUGCGUCGCAGUUCCGCACCCUCCCUGUCACAUGACACUGGUGUCCAGCCCACGUGGCUUCACCACAGAGGUCGAUGGCCUCGUCCCGCUCCCUCUCCCCCUCCCCCUCCCGUUCAAACUAGUUCUGUUGCAUUGAUUUAGUUCUUGAGUAUCAUCCAGGCCCAAGGAGCUUCUGGGAAAUGGAGUCCAUUUCAGUGGCCUUCUGGGUAAUGGAGUCCCCCUGAGAUUAUGGGGGGGCGGAGUCCGUCGAACGAUAGUCUGGGAAAUGGAGUCUCCCAGAGGCUUCUGGGUACAAGGCAGUGGCCAAUGUGUGUAGUGAUUUAUUUAUUUAAAAAACAAACAAGUUUUAAAUGGGAAUUUUGUUUUUGGGGUUCACCUGAUGUUUUUUUUUUUUUAUUUAAAUUGUUUUGUUGUUGUUGUACAGACUUAUGUAUAAAUCAUAUCUUCCUAAUUUGUAAAGAACAAAAAGAAAGAUGCACAUUGUAUA